CCCCCCCCCCCCCCUCAAUCCCUGGUCCGACGGCUGCUCUCUUCUUCUCGGGCCAAAUCUCCCCCGAGCUUCGCUUGGCUUUCGAGCCCCGCUGCAGGCGAUGACAUGGUUUACGACUGGUCAUGAUGCAUUGGAUGGUGACAUUGGGCGGUGACAGGGACCGUCCUAGAGAGCUAGUCUCGUGGCUUACUGCCAAUGUUCGUGAUGUCAGAGGCCGGUUCCUGGCGUGAGCCUGCAGGUCCCGCUCUCGGUCCGUGGGGGAGGUGGGCAGCAAGCAGCGCACAUGGACGGGAUGGCUGUUCCAUCUGGGAGAGAGAUGCCGCGUGGAGAAAAGGUGGUAUAAAAGCCAGUGGCGGCCGCGCGGUGGCACGCCUCGACCGCUCUGCUGCGACAACCUCCCGCAGGCUCACCCGUCGACCACAAUGAAGUUCCUCAGCUCUCUCCUGGGCGUCGCCAGCACCGUCGCGCCGCUCUGCGCCGCCGCCGCCUUCCCCCAGGCCAGGCAGGCCGCCUGGCCCAACGGCCCCUUCACGAGCGACGGCCGCUGGCAGCUGGACGCCUCGGGCAACAUCGUCAACUUCGCCGGCACCAACUGGCCCGGCCACGGCGAGGUCAUGGUCCCCGAGGGCCUGCAGUACGGCUCGGUCGAGCAGAUCGUCUCCAAGAUCAAGAGCAUCGGCAUGAACGCCAUCCGACUGACCUACGCCAUCGAGCUCGUCGACCAGAUCUACGCCAACGGCGGAAACGACGUCGACCUCAAGACGGCCUUCGUCGAGGGCCUGGGCGAGGCCAACGGCACCGCCGUCCUCGCGCAGGUCUUGGCCAAGAACCCGUCCUUCACCGAGGCCACCACCCGCCUGGAGGUCUACGACGCUAUCGCCGCCGAGUGUGCCAAGCAGCAGGUCCACAUCCACCUUGACAACCACAUGUCCAAGGCCAAGUGGUGCUGCUCCAGCAACGAUGGCAACACGUGGUGGGGAGACCGCGAGUUCGACGUCGCUAACUGGGUGCGCGGCCUCGCUUACAUGGCAGGGCACGGCAAAUCGUGGCCGGCGCUCGUCUCCAUGUCCCUCCGGAACGAGCUCCGACAGGCAUCCGACAACCCCGACCUCGUGGCCGCCUCGUACCACUGGCAGGACUGGUACGAGCACAUCAAGCUGGGCACCGACGCCAUCAAUGGCGCGAACCCGGACGUGCUCAUCUACCUCUCGGGACUCAACUACGACACGACGGUCGCGCCCGUGGUCCGCGGCACGGCGCUGGAGCCCGGAAACGGGACCUUCUCGCGCAGCGACUUCGCCUAUGCUGACAAGCUUGUGCUUGAGAUCCACAACUACAACACCGACGCCAUCAGCUGCGACAGCCUGAAGUCCGCCCUGUACAACAGCGGGUUCCAGGCCAUGAACGCGACGGACCCGGCGACGGUCAACGUGUUCCCCGUCUCGCUGACCGAGUACGGGUUCAACAUGGAGGACGACUCGUACCAGGACGUCUACGCGACGUGCCUGUCCGAGUACGUCUCCGAGGUCAGGGCGAGCUUCUUCAUCUGGGUGCUCGUGGGAAGCUACUACGUCCGCGAGGGCACGCUGAACUACGACGAGUCGUGGGGUCUGCUGACCGCUGACUGGUCGGACUGGCGGAACCCUGCCUACGUCGAGGAGCAGCUGAAGCCCAUGAUUGCCAGCGUUAUCGGGUAGACGGGUGCUAGGAUAGUUGUCUUUUAGUGGAAGCAAUUAAAGUCGAUCGAUUCAUGAAUUCCGCGUUAUGCCUGUCCAUUGUUGUUGUUGUGUCGAUGGUCCGUCAGUAGUUUCUGGUUGACGUUUAAGAUCGAUCAUGUCCGAGUUAUUCAGGCCAGUCUUGAAGAGGACGCGAGGACGUACGAGAGAACUCUGACCAUGAAGAGCGAGGGAGACAAAUAUGUCGAGACAAAGGAGUUGGCAAGUAGAAAUAAAUAAAUACCAGCAAAAAUACAAUCAUGUCAGUCAUGUAAAUAUACCAUUUCG